GCUCGGCUCUAACUGUUCUUGCCUCCUUCCAGCCGCGGUCGAGCGCUCCGGUGAGUACCUCGAUCCUGUUGCUGUGUUUGUUGUGGAGUUCUGCCCACCCCGCCCCGUCUGUGUUGUGCUCGUGGCUGUGGGUUUUGCCGUGAAUUAAUCCGUGAGGGAGCUAAGCCGUGUUCUGUAGGGCCAGGGAGGGGAUCAGGGAGAGCUUCCAGUGGCACUCACGUGGUGCCUCGGCUCGGGGCCAGCCCUGCUCCCUGUGGCCAGGGAUUCGCUUCUGCCUGCGGCUGCUGCUGCUCCGGGGGGGUUUGGGGCAGCCUUGGCUUCCUUCCUGGAUCCCCUUGCCGGGGGGAUUGGUCAGCCUGGCUCUCCGGAGCUGAUUUUACACCCUGUCAGUUCUCAGAGUGUCCCACCUUCCGAGGGUACGUGUGUGUCCUCUUUCCCACUUGGAUUUCAGCUUCCUGCACACUUCACCCUGGAACGCAGCAUUCCUUCCCGGGAUUAACUGGGAAUGUCUGCAGCUGGGUGGGAGCUGGUCCCAGGCCUGCUCUGGAAGUGUCAGAGCCCUUCAGCUCUUCCCUCCUGUGAGGAGGAGCGCUCCCCUCCCACCUGAAAUGUGACCACAGCUGAGGAAUGGGCUCUGAUCCCACAGCUGGAUAAUCUGGGAACUUCUGAGCUCCUCCUUCUGGUUCCUCUCCAGCUGGCUGUGGGGUUGGGGUGUUGAGGGAGCCAGGGCUGUGCUGGGGUGUGUGGUGGUGAUGCUGAGCAGGUCUGGGCUGGCAGGAGCUCAGCCCUCCGACACCUCACAGCUGGCCCAGCUCUCCUCCCACCUUCUCCUCUGAUUCUUUGGGGAGUUUUGAUCUUAGCUCUUUGUUUCGGACCUGCUGGGGUGGGGGGCAAGGGGCACAGAAGAGAAGCCUGCUAGAAGCUCAGGCAUGAAAAUGCCGAGGUUUCCCUGAAUUCCUCUGGCUGCAGGGAUUGUGACUAUUUUGAAAGCAGACUAGAACAGGGUGAGGAAUUAGGACAGCUCGCUUUGUGGACCUUGCAGGAACCUUGGGCUGGCUUUCCAGUAGAAGCUUGCCAGUAGCAGGGUGUGAACAUCACCUCAGAGCGUGCCUGAAGUGUUCCCUGGGGAUUGAUUUCCCUGUCCUGUUCCUAAAGCUCUCCCAGUUCCAAAAAGGCCGAUGUGCCCCAGCGGGUCUGCGAGCGGAUUUAGGCUCGGCGUGGCACAAAGUUUCUCUGCAGAAGGGGCAGGGCAGGACACAGCUCUGGGCACCUGGAGCUGCAUUGCCCGAGGCACAAAGAGGGGAAAAACCUGCUACUGUGGCUUCUGCUGGGCAGCCUGUCCAAACUGAGCGCUUGCCAGCCCAGAGGUGACGUUGUGCUGGCCAAGGCCUCCUCCUGCCGUGCAUCCUCCGUGGGGAACAGAGGAUUCCUCCUGCAGCUCCCCACCCUGGAAGAGGAGGCCAUUUCCCUGCCCUAGAGGCCGAGCUAGCUAAUGAGAGCCGAGUUUUCUUGCCGUACCUGUAGCUGUUGAUGACUUUUCUGUUUUGAAGUCGGUUCUGUGUCUUGACGUGUCCCUUGCAAUAUCCCUAUCGUUUAUAUACAUGCCGUGUGCCUUAUGAAAUGCUGGCAUCUGGAAAAUCCACCCACCGGCGGCCCCGUCGUCCCUGCAACCUUUGACUGCCCGCCCUGGGGGGGUGAGUGCAGAGGAGCCAGCAGAGCAGUAAGCGCAGCAGGAGCGUGGAAGAUGACAAGGAAGGUCACCUGGUGUGCAGGAUCGGCGAUUGGCUUCAAGAGCGAUAUGAAAUCGUGGGCAGCCUCGGUGAAGGCACUUUUGGGAAGGUGGUGGAGUGUGUGGACCACGCCAGAGGCAAGUCCCAGGUGGCACUGAAGAUCAUAAAGAACGUUGGGAAGUACAGAGAGGCUGCCAGGCUGGAAAUCAACGUCCUGAAGAAAAUCAAAGAGAAGGACAAGGAGAACAAGUUCCUGUGCGUCCUCAUGUCAGACUGGUUCAACUUCCACGGCCACAUGUGCAUCGCCUUCGAGCUGCUGGGCAAGAACACCUUCGAGUUCCUGAAGGAGAACAACUUCCAGCCCUACCCCCUGCCACAGAUCCGGCACAUGGCCUACCAGCUGUGCCAUGCCCUGAGAUAGCUGUGAGCAGAAGUCCAUCCGGAACACGAGCAUCCGCGUGGCCGACUUUGGCAGCGCCACCUUCGACCAUGAGCACCACACCACCAUCGUGGCCACGCGGCACUACCGGCCCCCAGAAGUGAUCCUGGAGCUGGGCUGGGCACAGCCCUGUGAUGUCUGGAGCACUGGCUGCAUUCUGUUUGAGUAUUACCGUGGCUUCACGCUCUUCCAGACCCACGAGAACCGAGAGCACCUUGUGAUGAUGGAGAAGAUCCUGGGGCCGCUCCCAUCCCACAUGGUCCACAAAACUCGGAAGCAGAAAUACUUCCACAAUGGCAGCCUGGUGUGGGAUGAGAACACGUCCGACGGCAGAUACGUCCAGGAGAACUGCAAACCCCUGCGG